GCUUAGACCAAUCAGUAUCGUCUCUACCAACCAUCCGCAAACAUGUGCUCAACGGGGCUCUGUCUGGUAUUCUUCAUAGCGCAAGUGGUUUUUCUGAUGAACUACAGUGAACAACAAACCACGGUGGUUAUGGAAAAUGGGGCAAUUUCCGAACAGGAAAUCAACGUUGACGAAGUAAUGACACAGUUCAUCAUGAAGUUCUAUACGAAACGAUUCGUCGAAGGGCAAAAUCUGGUCGUGGCCCCUCUUCUAAUCUUCCGGGUUUUCAUGUCCAUGUACGGGGAAAUGGAUGCAUCUGCCAAGUUUGAUCUUCAUUCGCUGGUUGGCAUUCCGCAGGAAGCAAGUGCUGAAAAAAUGUCCGAAUUUGAAGCGUUUGCGAAUAAGUAUGCCCUGCCCGUAGGAGUACAGAGAAAUCUUGUGGAAACAAGAUUAUACUACGAUAAAUCUAUUGGUAAAAUCAGGUCAUCGCUAGAAGCGAAAAGCCUGAAACCAUUUGCAACCAAUUUUGCCGAUAAGCAGACCUUCUGCAACGAGGUCAAUACCUGGAUUAGAAAUACUCCAAUCAAUGGUACGGAUGACUUGGUGCAUGAUUACUACUUAAACAACGAGACGGCAGCAUUUGUGGCGGGGGCUCUUUCGAUUGAAUGGAAUAUGCAGCUGAAAACAUCUCCAGAUGUAAAGGCAUUUCUAGGAGAAGACGUGAAAUUUCUGGAAGGAAGCAUUUCUACGAGGCAUGCAAAAUUGGACGACUUGAAGGUGGAGGUGGUGGAAAUGGUCACCGAUAACCUCUCCGGAGUCAAGUUGUGGUUGAUUAUGCCCGAUGAAGCAUCUUCCAUCAAGAAAUUCAAUGACCAAUUAAGUAUAGCUUCAAUUAGACAAAUUGAAAAGGGAUUGACCGCACCACAAAAGCAGGAUGUGGCUCUGACUGUGCCAAUGGUGACCAUUGAAUACAAUUCCCAGGAAGAUGCCUACGUGACGGAAGUGUUUGAAGUGUUCAGUUCCCUUUUCUCCAAGCCUUCGGUCAAGCUGGUCGAGGGCAAAGACGAUCUGUAUGCCGUCAAGAAUUUCCUAAUGAAAUGCAUUCUGCGGUUCGUUGGAAGUGAUGCACCCGCUGAUUCUAAAGGACAAUCCACUGGAAAGGCGGUAAUAUUUAAUCGUCCUUUUGUGAUGAUGAUUCUAUCAAAGGAUAGCAACGUUCCAAUUCUGUUGGCCAAUUAUUUUUCUCCGAAGGACAAGCUACGAGCACUAGAAGCAAAGGAGCGGCAGUUGAGGAUGAAGGCAAAGGAGCAUUUGGAUUUGUGAUGAUUGUAUUCUGCAUUCUAAACCAAUAUUUAAUGUUUCAUUAGAUCCGUUGAUACAACAAACUGAUGGAAAAUUAUUGAUAUGUUCAACUAUUCUGAA